AGUGUGCAACUAUGAGCUGCUGGAAAGCGCAUGUUUCUUAUGUUUGAUCUCGAAUUCACGGUUGCUAUAGCAACGAGAACAGCUGAACGCGUCUGAACGUUUCAUCUGUUUGUAUCGAUAAGCUGAGGAAUUAUGAUGACAUGCAAUAUAAAUUAUGAUGACAAUAUUGCAAUUUUCAGAAAUUGAACCAAUUCAUAAUUUUUCAGAUUUCUGCAAUUGAUUCUUGGGCAUGGCAAGACGGGACGGCACAAAAUGGCGUUUUGUGCCAGAUGUUGAGAAACACGUUAUAAUAUUAGCCAUCUACAUUUUCCCACGCUAAUACACUUUUCAUUUUCUUCGAUGGUACGUUGCUACUAUUGAUGAAAUACCAAGUGCAAACUUAACGAUGGAGCGCAAUAGGUAACUAGACUACAAAGGUUCUUGCAAUUCAGUGUGAUGAACUGUUACUACGAUUGUAGUUUCGUGUUGAAGUGCACAUGUGGAACGAGGUCCCUCAACUUGCUUUCAAGAAAUGAACAAGAAUAAAAUAAUGUAACAUGUUUAAUAACCUUGCAAGUUGUCAUACAUAUCCUGAUCAGAGAAAUUGCAUCUUGCAACAUGGCACUUACAGAUGAUAAGGGUUAAAUUGAACACAAUGGAGUCAUCUCAGUUUAUAAAGACUAUUGAAUGGGAUAUGAUGGACAAGAGCAAAUUCUUUCCACUAAGCAUGCUCAGUUCAUUUUCUGUCCGAUGUUUCUUAUACCCUCUAACUGUGAUAAAAACUAGGUUGCAAGUGCAGAGACAUGAUCAAAUGUACAAAGGUUUGUUUGAUGCAUACUUCAAGAUAUAUCGUUAUGAAGGUGUUCCUGGUUUGUAUCGAGGGUUCUGGAUCAGCUCAUUCCAAAUAGUAUCUGGUGUAUUUUAUAUUUCAACGUACGAAGGUGUUCGACAUUUUUUGAGUCAAAAUAAUUCAGAUUUAAAAUUGAAAGCUCUGGUGGCAGGAGGCUGUGCAUCAGUUGUUGGCCAGACUAUUAUUGUGCCAUUUGAUGUGCUGAGUCAGCAUUUAAUGGUUCUUGGUGUUGUUGACCGAAGUAGUAACAAGAAGGUUGUUAUGAAUCCUUUGGGAGUAUCUCUAAAUCCAGCUCGAUCACGUCUUGCCACUACUGUUGAUAUUAUAAAACAAAUAUAUGUUUGUGAUGGCCUGCGAGGAUUUUACAGAGGUUACAUGGCCUCGUUGUUCACAUAUGUUCCCAACAGUGCUAUGUGGUGGGGAUUUUAUCAGCUUUAUCAGGAUCAUCUGCACAAUAUUUUACCAGUAUGGGUAUCCCAUCUGUUGAUCCAGUGUAUUGCUGGUACUUUGGGUGGAUUCACCACAACUUUAUUUACGAACCCAUUGGAUAUUAUUCGUGCUCGCUUACAGGUACAGAGGCUGGACUCCAUUCACCAGACAUUCAAUAUUCUGUGGGCAGAAGAGCGCAUGAGAAUAUUUACAAAAGGUCUUUCAGCUCGUUUGGUGCAGUCAGCAUGUUUUAGCUUUGCUAUUAUUCUAGGUUAUGAAAGUAUUAAGAGAGUGAGUGUGAAUGAAGAAUAUAAAAAGCACAUUCGCUGGUAGCCUAUUUCAAAAGUUUUCACACACGACCUUUGUAUAGUUGCCAUCUAAUCUGAAACAAGAGAAAAGUAGUGUAACAAGAAAGAAUAAAUUUGAAAUUGUUAACAUUCAUGAAAAAAAAAAUUCCUGUUGGGAUAUAUAGAAAAAAGUUAAGUUUUAUCCCUUAUUGUUACGAAUCUACUCCGAUGUCGUGAGUUCGGUGAGCGAAAAUGAAGCACAAGUGGUGGGAAGGCCAUUCUGUUUACAUAGUUUGAAUAACAAUUGAAAAUUAUUUAUUGCACUGGCUCAAGAAUGUUUAAUAUAAUCACAAAGGUCAACAAGCUCAGUGUUCAGCGAAAAAAAAACUUUGGUGCAAAAUGCUCAAGAAUGUUUAAUGUUGAUUGCGAAGGCCGGAUCCUCACUGUGUUAACUGGAUACAUCUACUGAAACAUCAUUGCGCUUCUUAUGUUUAAAUUGAUAAAUUCAAAGCCAUUCUGCUUGCGCAGGCGCGGCGUGGUGGUGGUGGUGGUGAUGUCGUUAGGUGUGUUCUUGUGGAUGUGAGCUGAUUCUCUCGUUACAGUAAGGGAUAAGAGACAAAGGAAGUUUUUAAUAAAACUUAAACUAUUUGUAAUUGUACUGUAUUUUCAGCAUCACUAUAUACACAUAACAAUUCUGGUGUGACAAUACAUAAAAUAUAGAUAUUGAAUUAGAAAAUCAUUCAGACUUAAAGAAUAUUGGCAGGCAUAUUAUUACUUUCUAUGUUCAUGUUUCUGACCUUGUUACAGGACAAAAAUCAGUAUUAGUUGUAUAAAAGUAGUAAUUGCAUUUUCAUAUACCUGAAUUCCAGCUUGUCACUUGUGUCUCUUAGUAAAGAUAAUUACCGUAUUUAUCUGAAUAUAAGACAAAAGUUAUUUCCUAAAUAUCUAAUUGAUUGUACCUUAUUCGCAGAUUAAGCUUAUAUGGUGAGGCUCUACAUUUUAUAUUCCUGUAAAGUGGGACAACUUAGUCAGCCAGGUUAACUUCUUAAAUGUAUAGAAUGGGUCUAUACAUAAUUCAUUUAAUAAGUUUUACACGGAGAAGUACUUUAAUAAUAAAAAUUCUAUUAAAAUAAAAAAUCCAAUUAAAAUUUUUAAAAUUUGACUUAAAAUUAAAAACUGCACUUUUCAGGUUUUAAAAUGUUUUUCCCCACUGCACUUAAUGCGAAUGUUCAAGAUAAUUUUAUAAUUUAAAAUAUCACUUUUCCUUGUUUUUUGUGGUUUAUACUUGGUCUUGACAUAGUUGGCAAAGUAGCCCCAUUUCUGAGGUGGUUUUUAUGUUUUGUAAUUAUGAUAUGUUAUGUAACAGAAAAUUGUACUCUAGUUGUAAUUUUCCUAGAAAUUGUGAAAUUAGAGAACAAGGCUAAUUGUUUGAAAUGGUUAUAUACAUUAUUAUUUGACAAAACGGUUAAAGAAAGGACAAAAAGUGGCAAAGUUGCCCCCAUUUACAGUACCUUUGUAAAGAAUGAAAGUUAUUGCUGUUAUUGUUACAUGCUAUUCAAUGAGGCCAAGGACCAAAGUGGCCAUGCCAAACUGUUGGAUGUCCGGUGAGUGCAAGGAGAUAGUUUUGCAAUAGAUAGAAUUAAUAAAAUUCAUCUUGAUGGCAGUACCCAUUCCAUGUUCAACUACUGACAUGCAAUAAUUAAAAAAUAAUUUUUCUUAGCAAAAAAAUCCCAGAAGUUGGAAAUUUUCUUGCACUCCCCAUGCUAAAUGCGGAACAGGUGUAGAGAGAUGAACGAGUUUGCAAUUCACAACUUGAUCUCACGAAUAAUAAACGAUGUGAAUGUCAAGUUAAUGAUUGCUGAACAAGAGGAUGCCACAACCAAGAGUGCCAAACGAAAAUCUGGAGACACAGAGGAACUGUUCAUACUAGGUGUGACAUUUGAGACAUCGCAUAUUCAAGGCGCAAAACUUUUUUGAAGGGGAGGGGAUGAUGACCUAGGAGUACCAGAAAGAUAUGACACAUGUGAAGAUGAAUAUGGUAGUGACAAAAAUGUGUAUUGUAAUUGUAAUUUAAGCAACCAGAAAAUAGUGACAACUCAGGCAAAAAGAUUUAAUAUUAGAAGACAAUUUGUGAUUUUCAUUUAGACUCGGAGAAAAUUAAUUCAAAAUGAAAAUAACAAAAAAAAUAUUCUGGAGGCCUCGACAAAAUUAGGGGGUCAUCUUAUAUUCGGGUAAAUACGAUAAUUAUUAAUGGAUUUUCUAUUAAAAUCAGAUUUCUGGCCAACGCUUCUAUGUAUCUGAAACAAAUGGUCACAGCUAGUUUUAAAUCAGAAAUGAAUGUUUUAAUUGGAAAAGUUACCAUGUUUUUGAACUUUCAGUGUAUCAAUCCAUUAGUGUAGUAUAUUAGUGGGCUGAGAACAAAUAUAGAAUUUUGGAGCAAACUAAUACAAAGAGAAUUACAGUUACCUUCCUGUGCAUGUGGUGCUAGUGAUAAAAAUUUAGUGUGUUUGUGGAAUACUGUAAAUAAUUGUGAGAAAUGUAAAAGUUUGAUUUGCUUCUCAGAGGUAAGCUAAGAGUCUCCAGAUCAUUGGUGUAUUAAAAAUUUAUAAGCAAAAUGAUUUGUCAUGGUACCUGUGGGAAUAAACAGGUGAUGCUUAUUUUAUGUAGAUGACAGCAGGUAUGUCAUUUGAAAAGAGAGAAUAUGGGACAAUGUAAUUAUUAUUUUACUGUGCAAUUUGCCUGUUGUAAAUAGUGAACACAGUAGCUAAUGAAUUCUCUUGUUAUUGACUAUCCUGUGCAAAUCCAAUUGUUAUAUUGAUGAAAUGAGACCAAAUAUUAUAUAUACAAUAAAAUAAAAGUUGUUAUUACAAUGAUUUAUGUAUGUAUUGUACAAAUUAAAUAUUGCAUUACAGAGCUUUCACUAUGACUACUUGCGAGAGUAACAUCAGAAAUCAACUUAAGUGGUUCCUAAGAUAUUUUAUGUUCUCUAAACAUUCAUGUUUCUUGACUCUCUCUCCAAUUUCGGAAGUAGACUAUCCAAACUUCAUGGUUUCGUUUCUAACAGUACUACAAAAUGUUUCAAAAAUAUUAAUUUUGGUGCAAUUGCCCAAGUGCAAUAUCCUUUUUAUGACUGGAAAAUAGUUCCUUGAAACUAGAUUUUUAAGUAACAUUGACCUUUUAUAUGUUUAAAAUAGCAUAAAUUGUUGUCCUGAAUUGCAUUUAAUUUUAUAAUUUAUGAAAAUUAAUGUUGCAAGAAAUAUGAAGCAGUUUUGGAGCCUUGGACAGUUGUUGCACACAGCUCACUAGUCAUAAAGGGUACAAAAUUGUAUUGAGAUACCCAGAUUGCUGUAAUAAAUUUGAAGUGUGUGAUCAGAACCUCAUUUGAGAGAUUAAAUUAUAUAUUGUGUUG